AUGUCGAAAGAGGAGGCCAUUUUCAGGUCAGCUGAUAUGACCUAUGUCCAGUUAUAUAUUCCGUUAGAAAUAUCAAGAGAAAUUGCUAUGCUAUUAGGAAAGCUAGGUCUUCUUAUGUUCAGAGACUUAAAUUUGGAUCUAACUGAUUUUCAAAGAGGUUAUGUUUCACAGUUGAGAAGAUUUGACGAUAAAGAAAGGAACCUGUCCUUUUUGAAAGAGAUGUUAACUUCACAUAGUGAAGCUGUCUGGCACUCAAACAGUCAUUCUUAUGUGUCUCAUGACAUUGCUGUCAAAGAUUUGGAUUUCUAUUCUAUCGAUCAAAUUAAUGAAUAUAUGGAAGAUAUAGCUGUUGUAUCGGAAAGAGUGAAACAAUUAGAUGAGUCAUAUGGUAAUGUGCAAAGAAAACUGAACGAUCUUUUAGAGAACAGAUAUGUGAUAUCUAAAUGCUCAAGAUUUUUUCAAAUAAACCCAGGAUUUGUAGGAAGGAUAUCAAGAGACUUAAAUGAUCAAAAUGAAUUAGAUGUAGAAGAUUUUGCCCUUUCCAGUGAAGAGAAUCUAGUGUCGAAUACCCUCCACAAUAACACUAACAACAACAGUAGUAGUAGUCCUAAUUUAGAUAAUAAUUCACUUGAUAGUUUUGAGAUACAUGAUGAAAAUGAUAGCUUUGGUAAUGAUAACGAAUUUUUUAUGUUAGAAAAUGGGUUACAUCAUCAACAUAUGAUUGUAGGCUCAAUUAAUAGAAGUAAAGUGGAACUUUUGAACAGGAUCCUGUUUAGAUUGUUACGUGGUAACCUAUAUUUCCAAAAUAUCCCUAUUGAAGAACCUUUAUUAGAAAAUGAUACUCCAGUGGAAAAAGAUUGUUUUAUGAUAUUCACUCAUGGUGAAGUAUUAGUUACGAAAGUUAAAAGAGUUAUUGAUUCAUUGAAUGGUAAAACUGUACUCAUGGAUAAAGAUCAUUUCACCACAAUGAAAAAUCUUAAUAACCGAAUUGAAGAGAUGGAACAUAUCCUAACUUCCACAGAACAAGCUUUACACACAGAAUUAUUGGUAGUCAAUGAUCAAAUAUCAUUCUGGAAUGCCAUAAUCAAGCGUGAAAAAUAUGUCUAUGCCACACUAAAUCUUUUCAGACAAGAAACCCAUGGCCUUGUAGCAGAGGGUUGGAUUCCAUCUUCGGAUUUGAAUUUCUUAUCCGAUAGUUUGAAGGAUCAAAUUGAAAUAUUAGGCUCAGAAUAUAGUGCUGUAGUAACCGUUAUCCAUACUAAUAAAUUACCACCAACUUUUUAUAGAACUAAUAAAUUUACUGCAGCUGCACAAGCUAUCGUGGACUCCUAUGGAAUUUCCACAUACAAAGAAGUUAAUCCCGGUCUGGCCACUAUUGUCACUUUCCCCUUUAUGUUUGCCAUCAUGUUUGGUGAUGCUGGUCACGGGUUCAUAGUAUUUUUGAUUGCUAUGUAUUUAAUAUUGAAUGAAUCUAAAUUUGAAGUAAUGAAACGUGGAGAAAUGUUUGAUAUGGCAUAUAGUGGUAGAUACAUCCUUGUAAUGAUGGGUCUUUUCUCGAUUUUUACCGGGCUCAUGUAUAACGAUAUUUUCUCCUUAUCAAUGACCUUCUUUAAGUCUGGCUGGGAAUGGCCUUCAAGUUUCAAAGAAGGUACUUUAGUAGAAGCCAAGAAAGUAGGGAUUUACCCCUUUGGACUCGAUUAUGCUUGGCAUGGUACUGAUAAUGGGUUGAUCUUUUCAAACUCAUAUAAAAUGAAACUGUCCGUUUUAAUGGGGUUUGCUCACAUGACUUAUUCUCUAUGUUUCUCAUACGUCAACUAUAAACACAAUAAUUCUAGGAUAGAUAUUAUCGGUAACUUCAUACCGAGCUUUUUAUUUAUGCAAUCCAUAUUUGGUUACCUCUCCUGGGCAAUCAUAUAUAAAUGGUCCAAAGAUUGGAUUAAAGAUGGAAAACCUGCACCAGGUCUAUUAAACAUGCUUAUUAACAUGUUUUUAGCUCCAGGUAAAAUUGAUGAUCCAUUAUAUAAAGGUCAAGCAGCCUUGCAACAAAUUCUUUUGAUUAUCGCAGUAGUAUGUGUACCAUGGCUUUUAUUAUAUAAGCCUUUAACUUUAAGGAAAAUGAAUAAUGAAGCCUCAAGAAGAGGUUACCAAAAUAUUCAUGAUGAGCAAAUCAACGAGGCUCUAUUAGAUACCCAAAGAGAUUCCACUGAGAGUGAUGCAAUGAUUAUUACAGAUUUUGAAAGCGAUGAGAAUUUGCAUGGUAACAAUGGUGAAUUUAAUUUUGGUGAUAUCAUGAUUCAACAAGUCAUUCAUACCAUAGAAUUUUGUUUGAACUGUAUCUCACAUACUGCUUCAUAUUUACGUCUUUGGGCUUUAUCGUUAGCUCAUGCUCAGCUAUCAAGUGUUCUAUGGGAUAUGACUAUACGUAAUUCAUUCUCUUCCAAAAAUUCUGGUUCCAUUUUAUCCGUUAUAUCUGUUGUAUUUUUGUUUGGAAUGUGGUUUACUUUGACUUUUUGUAUCUUAGUGUGUAUGGAAGGGACUUCUGCUAUGCUACAUGCAUUAAGAUUACAUUGGGUUGAAGCCAUGUCCAAAUUUUUUGAAGGGGAGGGUCAUGCAUAUGAACCAUUCUCCUUUGCCUCAAUUGAAUAA